AUGGUAAAGCAAGAAGAUUUCGAUGUGGAGCAAUUCAUGGACAAGUAUGAAACCAACAUUGUCAACAAUAUGGGAGAAACAUGUUGUGACUCUUUAAGCGUAAACCAAUUGCUUGAGUUGAUAUCCAAGGAAAAACCCGAAGUCGAUAUCAGUUUGAAAAGAAAGCAAAUAUGUGAUUUGAUCUUGGAUACUAAGGCCACCUACGGCCAUAUUAGAGGUUCUCCAGACUUGAAGUCAGCAAUAGCAGCAAUUUACAACGAAGACUUAAAAACUGAAGGAAUUUCUAACGAUAAUAUUGUUGUCACAAAUGGUGCUAUUGGUGCAAACUUCUUAACAUUGUAUUCUCUUGUCGAUGCUAAUGAUAAAGUAAUAGUUGUCAGCCCCACUUAUCAACAAUUGGGGAGUGUAAGCGCAGUUUUCUCUCAAUCAAAGGUCAAUGUGAUCCCUUUUGAAUUGAAAUAUGAAAAUGAAUACUUGCCUGACUUGGUCGAAUUGAAGCAAUUAAUUGAAACUCAUUUUCCUAAGCUAGUAAUUAUCAACAACCCAAAUAAUCCUACUGGGGUCGUCUGGGACAACGAAACUAUGGAAAAAAUGGUAAACCUCUGUAAAUCGAAGGACGUUUGGUUGAUGUGUGAUGAAGUAUAUCGUCCAUUAUAUCAUUCUGUAAAAAGAGAAGAUCAGCCAAAAUCAGUGGUUAAUUAUGGAUAUGCAAAAACAAUUUCUACCGGUUCAACUUCAAAGGCAUUUGCAUUUGCAGGGUUGAGAUUGGGUUGGGUUGUGACUCGUGAUAAGGCUUUGCUUGACAAUUUGUUUUCGAAGCGUGAUUAUAACACGAUCUCGGUCUCGAUGGUGGAUGACAGUCUUGCCACGUUGGUUUUACAAAACCACAAAGUUAUUUUGAAAAGAAACUAUGAUAUUUGCUUGAAGAACAUUGAAAUUGUUCAGAAGGAAAUAGACCAUUCUAAUGGAUUGCUUAGCUGGAUAAGACCAAAAAGUGGAACAACUUGUUUUAUCAAAAUUAAUAUUCCAAAUCUCGACACCUACAAAUUGUGUAGUGAAUUAGCCGAACAACACAAUACUUUAGUGGUACCUGGUGAAGUAUUUGACAACAGAGCUGGUUUCCUCAGGGUUGGGUUUGGAAAUUCUCCUGAAAGCAUUGUUGGAGGGUUUUAUGAAUUAAAAAAAUGGUUUAUCAAAAAUGGUUACCAAAAAUAA